AUGAGCCUGAGUAGAAGUCGUGAGAAGUCGUCAGUCACAAACAGUGCUAGCAGUCACGGCCCAGUGAAUGUCACAGACCCGGGUAUAUCCACCGCACCUACGCUAACGCAGGAGAUAAUAAGCACGAUGCAAGCAAUACCUAAUAUACAAACAACAUUGGGGGAAUUAUCGGAAUCUCUCAGAGUGAUCAAAGAACUAACUCAAGAUAUAAAGAACAUUAAGAAUGACCUGUGGGAGGAAGAUGGUUUCGACUUCCGUAUCUCUCAUAUUGCUGAACAACAAGAAGUGGACUCAGGAAACAUUCAGGUACUGAAGCAAGAGAACAAAAUGUUGAAAGAAGAUAUAGAUAUGUUAAAAUCUGUAGUUAUUAACUUAGACAGAACCGUCAGAAAACAGCAAAGCGAGAUCACAGAUUUAAAGUCAAGAUCAAUGAAGCAGAACUUACUCAUUCACAAUUUACCCGAAGAAGAGAAUGAAAAUCUUUUCAAGAAAAUCCCACAAUUGAUUAAAGAAUACCUGGGAGUCGAAACAACUUUUGCAAACAUACAUCGAAACGGGCCUAAAAAUCCGGGUAGACCAAGAACUAUUACGGGUCGACUAGAGAAAUUUACUGAUAAGGAGAAAGUCCUCCAAGCACAGAAAGACAAAAGAAAUAGCGAAGGGUCUGGCUCUACAGAACAAUCAAAUACACCUUUCUACAUUACCCCACAAAGACCAGUAGAGGUAGCUGAAAAUCGGAAAAAACUCCAAGAAAUAAGUAACCGGUAUUGGAAAGAGAAUGUGAAAACACGUUUCGUAGGAGACAAGUUAGUUUUUCCUAACGGAAACACAUACAAAGAAAAAGUGUUAAAACCAAAGCCUGAAAACAUUUUGCUAGUGGAUCAAGCAGAAAAAGAGGCACUUCAACAGAUCCAGAUGUCGACACUAGAAACCUCCACAGAAGGGAACGAUUUUAAAAUCGCGGCAUCUACCACAGCGACCUUUAACCAGGUCAGAAACUUCUAUAAAAAAGUUGUUAUGGACUCAAAUUACUCAAACGCGGAUCACAAUAUAUUGGUAUAUCGAUUCACAGACAAAAACGGUUUGAUCCACGAGGGGUAUAACGACGAUGGUGAGCACGGGGCUGGGAGAAGACUUCUUAAAGAUCUCCAAUCUCUCCAUGUUACAGACAUGACAUGUAUCAUCUCUAGAUUCUUCGGAAAAUAUCUUGGCUAUCGUAGAUUCCAAAUUAUGGAAAACCUCGCGGCAGACAUUGUUCUCGCGCACCGAGGUGAAACAUUGGGGUAA